AUGAAAUUAAAAGAAGUACUUUGUAAUACAAAUAUCUUAGUAUUAUUUUUUGGGUUUAAAUUAGCAACAAAUGCACAAGAAAUCAGCGAAUCAGUUAGGGACUUUUUUUGCACUUUUAAAAAUGCAAAAUUUCGGGAAAUGGAUGACGUAGAGAAGAUUGAAGAUUUAUACCAUCAAGACGUUGGAAAAAGAGGAUUGAGAAGAAAUGAUUUUUUUGUGAUGCUAAAAUUUCUUAAAUAUGUGACUCAUGUAGAAAAAACUGAAUGGGAUCAAAUAACUGAGAAAUAUUGUUGCUCAAAAAAAAUAAAUGAUCCAGAAGAGGUGGAAUUAUUGAAGAAACAGAAUUUAAAAUUUUUUAAAAUGCUUAAAAAAUUUAAGGAAAAUUUAUUCGACAAUCUCAAUUUCAAACUUUACCUUGAAAAAACCAAACUAUUUGAUUUUAUUAGUCAAAGCGACUUUAAUGUUGAAGUUAAUGAAUAUCCUGAAUGGAAUGAAUUGGAUGAGUUGCGUGCAUGUGAUCGAUAUUAUAAAGUUGAUGAAGACGAUGAAAGUAAUGUAUGUGAAAAUAGUGGUGAGAAUAGAGAAGUUAAUGAAAAAGAUAAAUAUAAUGAAUUUGUUACACUUUAUAAUUUAUCUGUAUCCCAAGUUUUAUUACUAGAAAAGUAUUAUCAUUUAUGGUUUUUGGUUAAUAAAAAUAUAGUGAGCAAAAAAAAACUAGAAUUACAUUGCUUCACUACAUUGCAGAAAUAUGCUGGUAUAACACCGAAUAAUUCCAAAUAUUCGCUUUUAAGUGUAAUACUAAUUAAGUGUUUCGAAAUAAUGGAAUCAGAAGAUUAA